CUGUGAAAGCAAGUGCCGCGGCCUGGCUCCUCCACCUGCGGGCUGCAGCCAGGUGUUACUCUGUGAAAGGGCGGUUUGAUAUAUUUGUGUCCCUCCUGAGUUCCUGUAGUCCUCCUGGGUUGUGGAGCCCCGCCCCCUUGCCCCUCACAGCAAAGUUUCACAUAUCUGAGGUGUAAGCCAAAGAAAGACGGGAUACUGACAUUGUCUGAUUGUCGCCUGCAGGUUGGAAGGAAAAUAAAUGAAACUGUGAAGAGUGUAAAAAGUGUCAUCAUUGUGCCCACCCAGAACAGUUCCACUUGCCUGUAGCGGAAGUAGCGUGACGUGCCAGGUGGUGGAGCUCCUCACAUCUGCACAUUGUCUACAAUCAUGGCCACCAGCAGCAGCGAGAGCGAUUCGGGCCGAGAAAGCGACGAUUUCCCCAUUAUUUUCAGCGAGGAUGACAGAAUCAUGGAUGAGGAAAGUGAGUGUGAAGGACUAGAGGGCGGUGGAAGCGAUUCAGAUAGGGAAGAUGCUGUGAGAGGGAUAGAGCCAUACCGCUUUGAACCCGACGCUGACGGUCAGGAGGACGCUGCUGCUACUGAUGCUGGAGGAGCACACCACAUAGACCGCCUUCAGAAUACAGAAUGGUGUACAUGUCACAACUGUGUGACCAUGGAGACAGUGGCUGAGUGUGUCUGCUGUCGUGAGCUGGAGGCAGUGGCCAGAACCAUGGAGCAGGAAGGGGUGGAGACGUGCAUCCUACACCACCCUGGCUUUCCAUCCGUGUGCCUGGAUGUGUGGGUGCUGCAGACGGCGUAUUACGCCUACAAGCAGCAGUAUGGCGUGCUGCAGCAACAGCAAAAUGAGCGGAGACGACACAUUGCAUAUCGACAGUUUGUCCUCUUCUGCUGGGAAUAUGUGGGAAAGGAGGUAAGGGUGGCACUACCAGCUUGUGUCGCACAUAAGAUUAGGACAACAUUUCCACCCAUGGACUACACAAGGAUCCAAGACGUGCAGUGACUGCAACACAAUCCACGUGGCCACUGUAGUUAAUCAAUAAA